AUGUCGCGGCGCGGUCGACAGUGGUGCCUAUACAGGGUUGAUCUUCAAUUGACAGCAAGUUGCAGCGAUCGGCCGUGCGCGCCAGCAGCCCCGUCGAUGCGGCCGCCCUCUUCAGGACACCUUCCUAGCAUCAUAAUCCUUCUCGGGUUUAAUGGAUCGCCACUAACUCGACGAUCUACUCGACGCAAAGCACGUACGCGCUCACCGCUCGUGACCGCCGUCGUCGAGAGGGCAUGGGUGACCGAUUUUUGCGCGAAUCGCGUCAACUCAGAGCAAUGUUUCGCUCUCCGACGCCGUCACGACGCAGCCUCGGCUGGUGGCGCAUUCUGUGUGGGAUGGAUUGAGGCCCAUUGCAGUGUCCAGGGAAUGUUUGGGCAAAACAUAGCCUACGCUAUCGGUUGUCUCGCGGAGGGGUUAGCGGUGUGUGCGAUUUUACGCACGUUUUGUGUGAGGUUGACAGGAAAGCCCAAACACUGCUUGAUGCGCUCUACAGAGCCCACGAUUCGCAUCGCUGAGCUGCUAGCAGUGAGUCUAUACGCGCGCAAUCGUUUGCACUCGUUUUUCGGCAAAACUGACGUCGUCGGCCUCGAACUUCCACCGCUUCAAUCCGAAUCUUCGCGAUUAUGUUUGCGUAUCGUGGCAUCUCAUCACAUACUCUAUGCUUUUACUUUCGCGACGCAGUGUCGCAUGAGCGUAUAUCCAACCAUGAAUCUCAUUGAAAUUAUUAUUGCUUCGCCAGUCCUUGAGGAGCUCCUUUUUCGUGGUGCUGUUCUGCAAGCGUUGUUGAAUCGUGCACCAACGCACCCAAGAGCCUGUCUCACCAUGCAGGCGGGACUUUUUGGCAUAUUUCACAUGACAAAUGCAACGCGCCGGCAUUCCCGCUACAUACUUUUCCAAGCUCUAUCUGCGGUGAUCACCGGGAUUUUCUAUGGCACCAUUUCUCUGCGUACCCGAUGCCUAUGGGAUACCGUGAUUCUGCACUGUUUCCACAAUGUGAUCGCAUCAUUUGCAUUUGAGAUGAGCAAUGCGGCAACCAUCAAUCCGCAGACCCGGGCAGUCCCACUCAUAUUUGGGGUGUUAUUUUAUGUAGCUCUUCUUUGUAAAGGAUCAGAUGGUGCGCUCAGCUCAAGAAACCAAGUACUUGAUGAUUGGCGUGCACUACCAAGUACUCAUGUCCAGACUUCGCAUUCUCCAGCAGUUUUGAUGCCUGCCCCGAGGACGCUUGGCAGGUAGCCCGUGCGACCGUUUUUGUGGCGGCUGGCCGACAGUCGGCUGCUUACAAAGCCUGCAUGCGGACAAAUUGAAUUGGGAUGGAGUCCUUCGGAGAAUGCAUUCUAACCAUGGCAUAUUUGCGUGCGGGGAUGUCAAACUCGAGGUCAAGGUCAGACCGGCUCCCCCCUGGCGCAAUGGGGGCCCUGGCGGAGCGGAGCCCAGCUCGCGACGCUGCUCGCGAGUGCCCCCCCCCCGCCGCCGGCGCGCGCGCGAGGUAUAGCCGCCAGGGUAAUCUCCGGGCAAAAU